UCUGUUUGUGAAUGACGUAAGACGCGUGAAGCAAGAUGGCGUCGCCUGAAGCCUAAAUCGGUGUAAAUGACUUUAUCUCCGUGAAGUCGCGCCUCCCCCGAGGCUCCGGUGCUGUUUCACGGUUGUUCCGGAGAAGAGAACCCUCCUCUACCGGGUACGUGUGGUCACAGGGCGCCGCUGAUCUCCAGAGGACAGCCCGCGGACCGUGUCUCUUCUCCCCCCCCCCACCCCGCGACCCUCCGCCAGCAGCCGGGGAGGCGAGCUUCUGUCAGCCGGGACAGGAUGGACACCGGGGAGUACAUGGAGACCAUGGACUCCACAUUAUCGGAGUUAGGGGACGAGUUCACGUUGGGGGACAUCGACGAGAUGCUGCAGUUUGUCAGCAACCAAGUGGGGGACUUCCCCGACUUGUUUGAGGACCAGAUGAACCCAACAGGCUCGCUACAGAGCGGCGGGGCCACAGUCACCCCGCUUCCCGCCGUUCAAACCCCUCAAGCCCCCCCAACCCCCCAAACACCAACCCCAGUGACCUACCUGAACCCCAGCGUUACCCUCACCUGCCCACAGACACUAUCUCCCCAGUCUUUACCCCUCACCCCUCCCCUCACCCCCGCCCAAGCCCCCUCCCCUAUCGCCGCCUCCCCUGUGCAGCAGCAGGUGACCCGCAGCCCUCCGCUCCUUCAGCCUCGGCCUCAGGUGGUCCAGCCCAUCCAGCCUCAGCCCCAACAGACGGCUCAGCCUACCAUCCAGAUGCACACCCAGGGGAUCCCCAUGCAGACCCAGAGCUUCCCGGUCCACACCUUACUUCAGACUCAAUGCCAGACGCCCAUCCAGACCCAGGCGGGGCAAACUGUGAUGAUUGCCCCCAACGGUGGGCAGUCACGUUUCAUCCAGAGCCCUAUGAUCUGCCACCAGGGUUCUACUCCUGGGUUCCAAGUCAUCCAACCACAGAUGCAGAGCAUCAUGACGUCACCACAGCUCCAGCCAAUGACCAUUCAGCAUCAGCGACUUCUGACUCCAACUGGUCAAACCAUCCAGACUCUGUCUGCAGCACCGACCACAGUCCACACUAUGCAGCAGCAGAUGCAGCAGGUGCAGCAGGUCCUAGUCCAACAGCCUCAGCUUCUGAAAACAGAUUCGCUUGUUCUCACAACUCUCAAACCAGACGGCACUCAGGUGCUGUCGACCAUGCAGAGCCCCAACGGGAUCACCACCUUGACCACGCCCCUCCAGAACACUCUGCAAGUCCCGACGCUGAUGAGCAGCAACAUCCUGACCACCGUCCCUAUGGUGAUGGGCGGAGGAGACAAGCUGCCAAUCAAGCAGCUGCAGCCAGGCUCCUCCCACUGCACAACUGUAGCCAGAUCAAAUGUGGAUCACGGCUUCAUGAACAUGGGAGUACUGGGCCCGGGAGGAGUGGUGAAGGAGGGCGAGAGGAGGACGACACACAACAUCAUCGAGAAGAGGUACCGCUCCUCCAUCAAUGACAAAAUCCUCGAGCUGAGAGACCUGGUCAUGGGCAACGACACAAAGAUGCAUAAAUCCGGAGUGCUCAGGAAGGCCAUCGACUACAUCAAAUACUUGCAACAGGUCAACCACAAACUACGACAGGAGAACAUGGCCCUUAAAAUGGGGAACCAGAAGAACAAGCCAGUGACGUUGUCGGAGGAUGUGGACCUCAAACAGGAAAUAGUCAUGAUGUCACCUCCGGCCUCGGACUCUGGCUCCGGUUCCCCAGAGCAGUUCUCUCCGUACUGUGUUGACUCGGAGCCCGGCAGUCCCUUACUGGAUCACGACAAGGUGAAGAGUGAGCCAGAUUCUCCGUCCACCGUCGGAGUGAUGGAUCGUUCUCGACUGCUUCUCUGUGCCCUCACCUUCUUCUGCCUGUCUCUGAACCCGCUGCCCUCUCUUCUGGGCUCUGAGGCCUCAGGGAGCCACAGCCUCUCUGCCGGCCAUGGGCCAUCGAGAACCCUCGUCUGGUUCCCGACACACACACAGGACUUCGCGUCCUGGCUGCGGUGCCUGCUGCCAUGGGUGAUGGUGUGGGUGCUGAGUGGGGUGGGAGCCGUGUGGGGCUGUGUCAGGGUGCUCUACCUGUGGGAGCCCGUCACACUCCUCCACUCCCCGAAGUCUGUGUCCUUCUGGAGGCAUCGCAAACAAGCCGACCUGCAUCUCAACAGGGGAGAUUACAAGGCAGCAUUGGUUAGUUUAGAAACCUGCUUGGCCGUCUUGACCCGCGCUCUUCCCUCAACCAAUCUGGAUCUGGUCUGCUCGCUGUCCUGGAAUCUUAUUCGCUACUGCCUACAUCGUCCAACUCCUCUGGGAUGGCUGGUUCACCAGGUCAGAGGAAAGCACGAGGGAGAGGAGGCUCGGACGAGUGCCAAGGACGCAGCUCUGGUUUACCACCGUCUGAGUCAGCUGCAGCUCACAGGAAAGUUGCCUCAGCGAAGCAGCCUGUGGGCUUUGUCUCUCUCUCUCAGCGCCGUCAACCUCAGCGAGAGCGCCCAAGGCAAGAUGGCCCCUGCUCAGCUCACCCAGAUCUACGUCACUGCAGCGACCGCCCUGCGCACACUGCUCGGCCACCACCUCUCCUUUUUGCCUGGUUACCUGCUGAGCUGUGCUGAGAGUGUGGCCAGCCACUCAGACACCAAGCCCAUCCCCGACUGCCUCCGCUGGCUCUUCACCCCAUUGGGCCGGCAGUUCUUCCUGAGCUGUGAUUGGUCAGUGAAGUCAGAGUGCAGCGACAGCGUGUACACUUCUCAGAGAGAUUCGGUCGACCCCAUCGCCCAGCUGCACCGCUGUUUCUGCAGGAAGCUUCUGGAGCGAGCCGUUCACACCCUCAUUCAGCCGCAGAGCGACUCCGAAGCAGGCAAACGCAAGAAUGACUCUGGGGAGUUUUCCAGUGCUAUGGAGUUCCUCCAGUUGUUGAACAGCUGCACAGAGGACUCUCCUUCCCUGCCUCCGCCCUUCUCGACUCCUCCCAAUCACACCACCACAUCAGUGGGAGACCCGGUGAGUCGCUGGUGGGCCCUGGUCCUGAAGGCGGCGGUGCACUGGCUGCAGGGAGACGACGUGGCAGUGAGGUCACUGCUGGCCGAGGCAGAGCGAAUGCCGAGGGCUCUGCACACUCUGGACCACUCUCUUCCCAAGGCUGUGCUGCUGCUUUGCAAAGCGGUUCAGAUGAGUCUGUUGCCCCUGAAGGGAGAAGGAGCAGUGGCCUGUCUGUCCCACUGUGACAGAGCCAGCAGCCACCUGCGUGCCAGCAUCUCCGAGCCGCUCACCCAGUCGGGCAACUGGCUGAACAAGGGGGUGGAGCUCCUGGUGUGCGACCUCCUGCUGACCUUGAGGACCAGUUUGUGGCAGCGAGGCGGCAGCAGCAACGGAGAGCCCGGCCCGGCCCCUGGAUCCCAGUUGGCUGGUUUUCAGAGGGACCUCAGCGCGCUCAGGAAGCUCACACAGUGCUACAGGCAGGCGCAACACAAGGUGUUUCUCCAUGAGACCACAGUGAGGCUAAUGGCCGGUGCCAGUCCCACCAGGACGCACCAGCUGCUGGAGCACAACCUCCGACGCAGGACACCCAACUCCUACACAGCCGGUGAGUGUGUCCUGGGCGAGAGGGAGAGGGCCCACGCCAUCCUGCUGGCCUGCCGCCACCUGCCCAUGCCCCUGCUAACUCCGCCCGGGCACCGCGCCCGCCUGCUGGCCGAGGCCAAGCGCACCCUGGAGCGGGUGGGCGACCGCCGCUCCCUGCAGGACUGUCAGCAGAUCCUGCUGCGCCUCAGCGGGGGCACGACCAUCGCAGCCUCCUGAACAAACACGACUUAAAAACCCCCGACUCAUCCACCAACACGUAACUCUGUACCUGUCACAUGUUCCCACCCUCACACUGAUCCACGGAUAUAUGGAUUCGUCCACCGCAGCCUUGUAUCCACACAGCAGCUACACAUCUGCUCCUCUAACUCUUAGUUGCCCUGUUGCAGCACAAUCACGCCACCUUCUGGCCAUUAAUGGUACCACGCCAGCUAACCGCCUCAUUUUAAACAAUGCUUAACAACAAGGGAAAUCAGGUGAAAUAGGCCCCACAGGGAAAAGGGAGCACGAUCUCAUAGCUUAAAUAGAUGCAGUGCAUUGAUUAGCUGUAGGAAGCCGAGCUGUACAAUCAUUUCAACUGUUUAAUCUCUCAGUAAACUCGCAAGCUUCUAUUAAAGGGCUUCAGUCUGUUCAAGAGUGGACUGCCCUGACCUGUUGAGCAAGGCUGUGCUGGGGGCUGCAGACAGAGAGUGGCCUGCACAGUCUCUUCUUAUCUACCUCAUACACAGCACAAAGCCAGCACUGUCCUGCUGAGCAUCACAGGACAUGUCAGUCAGUUGUCCUGAAUUUGAAUCAAGUGACUUAUUGAGGACAUGCUUUGUUCCAGAGCGGCGUCGUUCCAUUAACAGCUCGCUGGGACUUUAGGAAGCAGCAGCAACACAACGAUUGGAAAGUGAAAUGAGACAGAGCUGCUGCAGACACGCUCUGCUCCGUCAGGACAGAGGAACAAUUAGUGGAUUUGCAAAACGUCAAAGUAGCACAGGGAAGCAGUCGAUUGUGGGAUAAUAAGAAACAACUGACACACAGAAACUCACCAGCACUACAGGUCAAAGGUUUAAGAACGUCUCAAAUCUUCCAGCUGCUUUUUUAAAUUAGAGAUUUCGUUCUAUUACAUUAAAUCUUCUUUUUAUUUUUACUCACUCACAAACACAAUUAUGGCAGCAAAUAACUUGUUUUAAUCCGAUCACUGUUGAAGAAGUUCCCACGUACUGGUUUUGCUUUGACCUUCUGGUUCAGUUCAUCACAAACCAGCAGCACGAGGUUUCUAUCUGAAGACUGUGCUGCUCUUCAUCACGUGAAGCCUCCGCCUGCUUCUCAUCUUCAGUGUUUUGACUCAUAAGAAUCUAACAGCCCCUCUACUUCCUGCAGUAAUCAAUAAACUUAAAUAAACCUUUUUUUACUUUAGGCUCUAAACAGAUUUAUCUUCGUUCUAUUUCAGUGGAAAAGUGAGGAGUUCUAAAAACCUUUGACCAGUGGUGCACAUAAGCCAUGAGUUGCAUACACACAAUGUAAUUGUAUAUAGUUUGUAAAUAGGCAGAGAAGCAGAAGUAGAAUUCUUACGCGCUGCUUGAGAGAAGAAGAACAAAAGAACUGUAACACGUAGAAUCUGGCUCCGGUCGGUCGCCCGUCGGACCAGGAGAGUCCAGUUCACCAGGGAUUUCAGCCGCGAUACGUUUUUCCACUGGUAACAAAUCGUCGGUAAGAGUUCAGGCAGAAUAAUCCACCUCUCUGCUGUGGGGGGGGGUGCAUCGCGUCAUGGUGGGAAGAUUAACUGUAACACAGCGGUGACGUGAGAAUUUGUAGUUCUUGGAAUACGAUGUCCAUAUAAGAUGUAAAGCUCUCAAGCAAAAUGGCCUUGAUGUUAUGUAAAAAGUUGAUGAUGUUUUCAUCAUAUUUGAAUUGAUGGAGGAGUUUUAGCUUUGUGAAAAAAUCUUUUGUCUACUUUGCUUUUUAUUCAGUCAUUCACGUUUAUUUCCCCUGCUCUGAUGACCUUAUUUAAUGUUUAUGUGAUAUUAAUAUAAAUGCAUUCCUUGGUUGGGAAGGGAGCAGUUUUAUCGCAUUUUAUUAUUGUCGUUAUUUUAUGUUGGUUAAAAGAAGCCGAGGGUCAGAAACUGUCAGAGGGAGAAGCUCUACGAGGAAGAUGUGUAUUUCAUUGAAGAAGUCCGGCCUGCGUUUGAAUAAAUAGCCGGAAUGUUUUGGAUCCUGCUGCAAUUUCUUUGUCGUUUGUCCAGUUCGAGCAAACGCACACUCGUGCUAUUAGAAUUUUCCAGAACUCUGUCUUCCAGGUCAACUUGAGCUGUCAAAACGUCCCGUCAGGAGUCCGGAGUUCAGCUUCAGAAGAAGAAGAAAGCGACGCUCAACCAGCUGUUAGCAGGCUGCAGUUACUAUCUAUAGGAUGUUAUAGGUUUUUUUCUUUUCUUUCUUUUUGCUUCUUCCCCUCGAUGUAUUUUAUUGUCUGGACUUUUGUGUUCAUUUUGAUGUUUGUUUUAUAAUAAAACAACACAUGAUAGUUGCUGGCAAA